CCCUACUCUGUGUCUGAUGAGCUUCUAAGGUGGCACUUCCGCCAAUCAGUCCUCGCAAAUGUCAGAGGAGCAGGGGAACCGAUCUUCGAGAACGACUUCCCUCCAGGGACCGAUAUGAUGCGUGGGAUCCUAGCUGGUCCC